GCUUGUUUCGAGAUGUGUCGCCGGAAGCAAGCCGCUACAGUAAUUCUGCAUCUACUGUUGGCGUGGUUGACUGGAGACUCUUCCGAAGCCCUAAGCACCUUUGGAGUGACGAACACUCAGCAACCUCCCAAACCACCGACGCCUGUAGCCCCGCCUGUUUCAGAAAAAAAAAACAAGAUGUCUAUGUGGAAACGUCCUUCGGUUAUAAUGCCACUUCUGUUGUCUGUCUGGCUGUUUGGACAGUGCCAAGCUUUCAGCUCGACUUUUGGGGUCGCACCAACCGAAUCGCCUUAUGUACUCACGACUACUGCGGCGACUGAAUAUUAUGAGUGGAAAGACGAUUCGGUUUUCCCAUUCAUUCUGAACAGCCUUAAAAUUGGAUUAUACCCACAUACAAACUAAAACCGAACAAAACUGACAAAACACCGCUUUUUCUCUUUUAAUUGAUGCUUCAAAACUUGUGAUUCCAAAUUUGACAGUAGCGUAAAAAAAAAAACAAAAAAAAAACAAGAUGUGGUGCAGAACGGCGGUGAUACUGCCAGUGAUUUUAGCUGGAUGUCUGAUGCGUACAAGCGAAGCGUUUGGUGGCAUUUCGUCUUUUGGGAAGGCCAACACCGACCCGCCUCCUAAGCCAGUUACACCAGCCGCAGUACCGGCCAAGCCGUGUUCGAGGCAAGGAGAGUGCAUCGCGGUCGCCAGCAGCUCAUGCGUAAGGACUCACUACGACUCACAGACGAGAUGUCUGUGCGGAGACAACAGUGCGCCGGUCAACGGGCAAUGUGAGGCGCUCACCAAGUCUCUGUACCACUCCUGCACCACCAGCGAGGAAUGCAACGACGGCCUCAACUGCGGCACCCCCAAUAUCACCGACAAAACCCCCCACCUCCGCAUGUUGGGGCCUAGAGACACCAUCUGUCUCUGCGACACUGAGAGCGGAUUUAGAGAAAAGGACCAUACUUGCAGCGACGCGGACAUCCUGAAGACGUCACUAUUCGCGAUCGUCCUCGUCUCCUGUAUAAGGAAGAUGAUGGCAAACUAGAUUAUCACUACACGAGUCUGCACUUCAUUAUUUAUCAUUUAUUUUAACGCUGGUAAACUUUGUAUUACUCGGAGGAUAUAACCAGAGUAGUUAAUACACAUUGGCUAUAUUUUUACGUUACGUAUACAUUUGACUGUCUACUGACUUUGACUUUGGCUCCCCCGCAAAAAUCAGCAGCUUUGCACAGAAAAUCCACAGACAAAGCGUCUCCAUUUGGUUAUAUCCUCCAAGUUUAAAUAUUAUGUUAACUCAUGAGUUUCAAAACUUUUUUGUAGUGUAAAAUACCUACGAGGUGUAAAAUAGAAGUCUUGAAACAGCGUUUACCAAACUUUUUCGUAGCGCUACUUCCUUUACAUGUUAAUUUUUGUCGACCCCCUUUAUUUAAAUGAAAAUACCUGGACUGAAUGAACCCGUGAAACUGCGAACAAUAGAGAAUUCCAGCUUUUAUUUAAAAGCUGAAAUUCUGUAAAUGUCGAUGUUUACCUACCAUAAAACAACCAG